AUGUUCCCCACCGCACGCUGCUUCUUACCUCUCCACUCGCAACCGCGCGCCGCCGCCCCCUGCCGUCGCCACGCGCGGCCGCGCACCGCCGUCUGCGUCAGGCCACGCCGCAGAGGCGCGCGCCGCGACCGCGCAUGGGACGACGACGGCGGGGGAGGCAGCGGCGACGAGGACGCCGUCGACGAGAGCUUCUUCGGGGACCCGUGGGACGAGCAAGAGCCAGUCGUCGAGCCGGAGGAGCCAGAGGAGCCUUACGGGAGGCGACGACCGUCGGAGUCGCCCGCGGGGCAGCUGCGCGGGUCGGACGUGCUGCGGGCGUUGCAGCGGGCGGCCGCGGCGAAGGAGGCCAAGAAGAAGGAGAAAAGGCGGAACGCCGGAGCGAGGCCGGCGGCGCGUCGGCAGGAGAAGAAGGGAGGUGGCAUCGGCGGCGCCAAGACCGUGGAGGUGGUCGGGGAGGUGAGGCCGAUAGAGAUAAGGCGCGAGUGGGCGCCGAGGAUCCGGGAGCUGGAGCUCAGGGUGCAGCAGCUGCUCGACAGGCAACACCAGUAGAAACCUGAAGCCGCGACUGA